CAAAGAUAACAAAAGGAAGAUGGAAGAAAUAGACGCUGCCUCAGCUGUAAAAGUAAAAAGGGGCUUUCAGAAGACGUCAGAUCUCAUUGUCCUCGGGCUGCCAUGGAAAACAACAGAACAAGACUUGAAAGAUUAUUUCACUACCUUUGGGGAGGUCAUUAUGGUGCAGGUCAAGAGAGACGUAAAGACUGGCAACUCGAAAGGAUUUGGGUUUGUCCGGUUCACUGAGUAUGAGACACAAACCAAAGUGAUUGCUCAGAGACACAUGAUUGAUGGACGAUGGUGUGACUGCAAACUUCCCAACUCAAAGGCGUUUCCUGAUGAGCCCAUGCGGAGCCGUAAAAUCUUUGUUGGCCGCUGUACAGAGGACAUGACAACCGACGAACUGAGGCAGUACUUCAUGCAGUAUGGCGAAGUCACUGAUGUCUUCAUCCCCAAACCGUUCCGGGCAUUUGCAUUUGUCACAUUUGCUGAUGACCAGGUUGCCCAAGCCCUGUGUGGAGAGGACUUGAUCAUCAAGGGCAUCAGCGUGCACAUCUCCAAUGCUGAGCCCAAACACAAUAAUAGUAGGCAAAUGAUGGAUCGAGGGCGGUUUGGGGCUGGUGGGUUCAGUCAGGGCUAUGGCAGUAAUCGUGGUGGGCUAGGCAGUGGUAGUGGGGGGGUUAACUUUGGGGCUCUCGGCCUUAACCCGGCCAUGGUGGCUGCUGCCCAGGCAGCGCUGCAGAGCAGUUGGGGAAUGAUGGGCAUGCUGGCAAACCAGCAGGGUAUGACCACAACGGCAGGCACUCCCACUACGACCCGAGACCCGACCUAUAGCUCCUCCAGCACCACCAGUUACAGCAGCCCCAGUUCAGCUAGCCUCGGUUGGGCUGCAGGCACUAACGCCGCCUCCAGCAGUGGCUUCACCUCCGGCUUUGGCACCUCUAUGGAGUCUAAGCCUUCUAGUUGGGGAGUGUAGAUAGUUUUGAGUUCAGCUUUUCUGUUGCUAUUAGGCUAAUCUGGUAAGUAUACCUACAGCUGGGAACUGCUUAUAUCUUAUGUUCCUAUUAUUAAAAAUAUACUGCCUUUUUAUUUUGUUAAAGAGAAAAAUUUAUACUUGCGUGUGACUGAUUAUGUAGUCAUGCAUUGAAUGGGUGAAAAGUUUAGUUAGUGAAAACUGCUACGCUCAAUUUUUUUGGUUUUUGAAAAAAUAUUAAACAGAGAUGAGCAUGCAAGAUAAAUAUUUAUAAACAUGCACGAGUAUCUCGAGAGCCCCCUCAUCCCCUUGUAAAAUGGGCUUGAUAUGAUUAUAUGUCUGUAAGCAGUUGAUUGCAUCUUUUUGUUUGUUUUUGUUUGACGUCUUUUGGAAACGCCUUCAUGAAAGUCUCUUCUGCAGUUCACCAACUCUUUCCCAAUUUCCCGGGAGGAAGCGCCUCAUUGGCAGCAAUGUUCGACAGAUCUCAGUAUCAAUUCCCCUCUUCCCAUGUGUAAAUGCUUUGCCAUCAAAGAACACAGCUUCACUCUGCAUAUACUGUGUUAGACGGUGGGUGUUGUCUUUUUUUCCUCUCCCCUUUUUUAUGGAUAUAGAAAUCUUGUCUGCUCUUGUUGCUUUUCAAGAUCAAUGAGUGGGAUUGGUGUUGGACCGAGUGAGAGUGAGCGAACGGGAGAGCAAAAUGAAAGAAGUGUGAGAUGGACUGUUUGUGCAGAUUUUUUUUUUUUUUUUUUUUUUUUUUUUAAAGAGACAUGCCUGCGAGAGUUGAGAAGAACCUGUGGCUUUGUGCGAGUGUGAGAGGAAGAAGCAAGUACGAGUGUGUCCCUAAUGACCAUCACAAGGACAUUCUCUGCUUUUUCUCAUUGUUUCUAUCUUUUAAUUCUUUAAACACACAGUGAAAUGUCAAGUGCUAUGAAUAUUUGUACCUUUUUCGUAGCUUUCUCUUGCUGUCUGAUUUGAUGUGAAUGCUUUGUCUGGUUGUGUGAUUUAAUUUUUUUCUCCUUGUUAGCACCCUCUCUGUGUGAAAAUGUGACUUUGUGCUGGUGGAGUCUGUGUGGGCAAAAACACUGAAAGUGUGUUGAAGUUUGAGGUUGAUGUGGUGAAUGUUUGACAAGAUCCCAUUGAAAGUUUGUGUUUGAAGUGGUUACGAAUGCAUUUUCUAUGUUUUGUGACUCAAAGGGAAGUCUGAAAUAAAACUGAAUUUGACUAGGUAUAAUA